AUGACCAAGUUGAGGGAUAGUCUACCUCAUCAAGUUGUGGUCCGGAGAAUCGAGCAGCGUCUGUCUGCUCUUGGAAAUUGCAUUGCCUGCAACGACCAUGUUGCUCUUGCUCACACCGAUCUUGACGAGGAAACUGAGGAAAUAAUAGCGGACGUUCUUGGUGUUAAAGUUUUCCGUCAGACAGUUGCAGGCAACAUUCUUGUCGGCUGUUACUGUGCCUUGUCCAACAGAGGUGGCAUUGUCCAUUCUCACACCUCAGAGGAAGAGUUGGACGAACUCUCGACGCUACUUCGGGUCCCACUCGUCGCAGGAACUGUAAACCGUGGUAGUGAAGUUAUAACUGGGGGAAUGGCUGUCAAUGAUUGGACUGCUUUCUGUGGUUCAGACACAACUGCAACAGAGCUCUCUGUUAUAGACAGCAUCUUCAAGCUAGGGGAAAUCUCUAAUAUAUACAAGAUCUCUACAUUGGAAUGGGAUUCGCUUGUGACCGAGUCCGAAGUCCCGGUGAUGGUUAUGUUCACACAAGACGGGUGGCCCCCAUGUCGAUACGUGAGGCAUGUAAUGGAUGAACUCGACUCGAAAUACACUGGUCGGUUCAAAUUCUACACACUCAACGUUCAUGAAGAGACAUGCAUCGCAAUACGCUACGACAUAUUCAAUGUCCCGACUACUAUUGUCUUCAAAGGCGGAGACGAGAUGGCUAGAGUAUAUGGAUCUAAUGCUAUGGAAGUAAGUAGACUAGUGGAACAAUACGUGUGA